AUGAUCUGCCAUUACAUACUUGGCGCAUAUGUAGGACCGUUGACAAAUACCCCUCGAGGAUAUAAGCAUAUUCUGGUUAUUAUUGAUGAAUUUACAAAAUUCUGUUGGCUCUUCCCAACAAAAAGUAUUACAUCAAAAGAAGUUCAAGACAAAAUGAACAUUUUACAAGCUACAUUUGGUAAUCCAACACGAAUGAUAUCUGACCAUGGUGCUGCGUUCAAAUCUGGAGAGUUCAAAAAUACUGUAGUGAUUCACACACAUAUACCAUGUGCAGAUUACCACAGGAAUGCCAAGGAGAAAUGGGCCUGUUUGCGAGGAAAUGAGAUUGAAUGA